CUCAACAUUACCGACAUAUAACUAACAGGGAUGUGGUCUUAUAUUCAGUCCUAUCUUCUCCCAGCUGUUAAACUCUACCUGCUGGGUUUGGAGGUCCUGCUGGGUCAGCUGUUCAGCAAAAUCUCCAGGUUGCCAGUGAUGCCCAGACAAGAUGGCAAGGUUGCCAUAGUGACAGGAGGAGGCAAGGGAAUCGGCUAUGAGGUAGUCCGCCACAUGGCCAGGCUGGGGGCGCAUGUUAUCAUAGGUGGGAGGGAUGAACAGGAGGGUCUGGCAGCCAUCAGAAGGAUCUGUGAAGAGUUCAAAGAGGCCAAAGUGGAGUUCAAGAAACUGGACCUCGCCUCUUCGCAGUCUGUCCAUCAGUUUGUGGAGAGCUUCAAGGAGCGGGAUCUACCGCUUAACAUUUUGGUCAAUAAUGCGGGUGUCAUGCUGGUUCCCGAGGGUCGUACUGAGGAUGGAUUUGAGCAGCACUUUGGUGUGAACUACUUAGGCCACUUCCUGUUGACCUGGCUGCUCCUGGACACACUGAAGAACAGUGGGACAUCUAGUGAUUUCUCCCGUGUGGUUAAUGUCUCCUCCUCUGCUCACCGCAUCGGCGAGAUCAGACUCAGUGACUUGAAUAACUGCCAGUGUUAUUCAGCCUACAGAGCUUAUUGUGACAGUAAGCUGGCCCAGCUGUUAUUUAGCUCCCACCUCCACCGAGAGCUGCAGGGUGGUGGUUUUCCAGUGAGUUCAUGUGCUGUGGAUCCUGGCAUGGUGGAUACUGCUCUCUAUCAACAUCUCUGGACGCCCCUCCGCCUGGCACAGAGUGCUCUUGCUCGCCUGCUUUUCAGGACUCCUGCAGAGGGCGCUGCCACUGUGCUGUACGCUGCUCUGUCUCCAGCCCUGGAGGGGGAGUGUGGAGGAGGCUACUGGGCCAAUGGGCACAGGGAGAUGACAACAUCGUCGACCUCUGACCUCCAGCUGCAGCUAAGCCUAUGGGAAGCCAGCCGCAGGUUGCUGGUCCUGCAGUAGCACGGGACUAAAGGAGGACUAACUGGGCUAAACCCCAGAUGAAAGCUUCAGAUAUAGACCCUUAACUCGGGGCAACCAGCCAACCUUUCCUAAUUUUUCUCCUUUUCUCCUUUCAUACCUCACGUCGAGGUUUUCGUAGCAAUUUAUGUUGACAAUCUCA